CUCAAGCAACUCUUUCUUCAUAUGUAGGGGUUUUACAUUGGUUGCGCUCAACAUGCUUUACAGACUCCUCUUUGGAUUUGCACUUCCUUUUGUCCUACAAUCCUCCUUAGUGUUGAGCAAUCCAUCAGGGGUGAGGGUUGGCUUUUACAAAUACACAUGUCCGAAUGCAGAGGUCAUUAUACGUGAUGAGAUGACCAAGAUCAUCUCUGGUGUCCCAAGCCUUGCUGGCCCACUGCUUCGCAUGCACUUCCAUGACUGCUUUGUGAAUGGUUGUGAUGGUUCUAUUCUGCUGAAUAGCACACCAGGAUCACCAUCUGAAAAGGAAUCAAUACCGAACCUCACCCUCCGGGGCUUUGGUACAAUUGACCUUGUCAAGUCUAAGCUAGAGCAAGCCUGCCCUGGGGUGGUCUCCUGCGCUGAUAUCCUAGCUCUUGUAGCAAGGGAUGUUGUACUACUGACCAAAGGGCCUCAUUGGGAUGUUCCAACUGGGCGGAGAGACGGAAUGAGAUCGGCGAAGGAAGAUGCUUUGAACAAUCUGCCUCCACCCUUUUUUGAUGCCACUCAAAACCUGAAUCAGUUCUUCAUUCCUAAGGGCCUUGAUGCAAAGGAUCAGGUGGUUCUGCUAGGGGGGCACACCCUUGGGACCUCCCACUGCUCUUCGUUCUCGGACCGGCUGUACAACUUCAGCGGCACGCACAUGGCCGACCCAAUGCUGGACAAGCAGUACACCCGGCGCCUGAAAACCAAGUGCAAGCCCAACGACACGACGACGCUGGUGGAGAUGGACCCUGGGAGCUUCAGGACGUUUGACACGAGCUACUACCGUGUCAUUGCCAAGGGCAGGGCGCUCUUCACCUCUGACGAGACGCUCAUGCUCGACCCUUUCACCAGGGACUACGUGCUGCGGCAGGCGGGCGUCGCCGGCUACCCAGCUGAGUUCUUCGCAGACUUCGCGGCGUCCAUGGUGAAGAUGGGGAACAUGCAGGUGCUCACCGGCGCACAGGGGGAGAUCAGGAAGCACUGCGCCUUUGUGAAUAAGAUGCACAUAUUAUAGCUCGGUUUACGUGAUAAUUACUUGCCUUAGUGGUUGGUUUCUGGACAUGUAGAAUUACUGUGGUUGUGUUUAAGUACAUUGUGUGCACCAUGUCUUCCUUCAUCAUUUGUAUUGUUAUCUUGAUGUCUUCAAAUAAAUAAACUGUUUGCUUGGCUCAA